AUGUUUUCGAAAGCAUUGCUUCAGUUGACGGUGGGAUUUUACGGCGCAGGCGUUGCUCCAAUAAGCUCACACCACGCAAAGCAACAUCAGCAUAACCUGAAACUUUUUUGCUACACAUUUCCUUCGUUUAACCUGCGCAAAAAACCCUUUCGUUGUUUAUUUUUGGUGCGUUUACUCUCUUCAGAAAUCUCAACCAUAAGAACGUUCCGAGAACAACACCUGCACCCUGAGGUACUGCUUUCCAACAAACCGCAUGCAACACACGAUUCUAGAAGUUCUGGUCUCGUACUUUAUAUCCCCAAGAAACACAUCAGCGGCUUUCAACCUGAAGCCGUGAACGGGGGAGAAAUAAAUUGCGCCUACGGUUUGGCGGAGCCACUCUAG